AUGCAUCUCUACGUCAAACACGCGACACUCAUCAACAACUGUUAUCCUGAGAAGGAGGGCGAGAAGGGACCUCGUUCUUCCGAGCUUAGCUAUCUCACGUUUUAUGCCAGCUCUCGACCUGUCAAGCUUACCAAAGUCGGCACCUUUCUCGAAAAGAAGGUUGAACGUGAUGUUUGGAAGAAUCGAAAGCAAAACAACCAAGUAUCCUUGGAAAUCAUCAAAGCUUUGAUUCAAUCGUGUCACCGAGAUUUGAACCUGUUUUCGAAAUAUGUUGUCAAGAUCCUAUGUAUGAUGCUCGGCACACAAGAUUUGGAGUUGAUUGAUUUGACAUGUGAUACCUUUAUCAUGUUCAGCAAAUACCAUGAUGGAUCAACAUUGGGCGUGGAUGCCGAAUUUACUACUGAUUUCGAGUCUCUCAUUAAAAAGUUUGCUGAUCUAUGCGAGAACAACAAUACGGAUCCCAACACCAAUCUCAGCAUGAAACAUAUCGGCCAUCGAGCCAUUCAAGCCGUAUUUUCAUCCGCCUCCUUGCAAACCUCGACUUUUAAGACACAACUUGGUAUCCUUUUACCACCUGUUAUUACAACACUGGCAGCAUCCAAUACACCCGCCAAUACGCUUGCCAAAAAUGCCGAUUCAGUCGACAUUACCAAAUCCAGCAUCAACAACAGUGGAUUGGAAAAGGGUGUCAUUGAUAUCAUGGCAGCAAAGAGUGCAUCCAUCUUGUUUAGUCAACUCAAUGGUGGUGCCGUUCGAACAGCUUUGAGUCCAUUGUUCACGUAUAUGGAUAACAAGAAGAAAUGGUGGCCACCCAACUUUGCUGUAUCGAUGAUGGAAUUGGUAUUGGAUUCUCUUCAGCCACAAAACCGAUACCUCCUUGUCUCUGAAGUGUUACAACAACUUGAUGCCAUCAAGGGUAGUAGUAAUAACGACGAUGUCUAUGAGAUCACCGAGAAACGAGCCUCGCUUAUUUCGAUCCUCGAUACGAUCCUCAAUGCCAGCAUUCCUCUUGUCGGCAUUUCAGUACUCGAAGUACUCAACUCUUUGUUUACGCACCUCAUCAAAUCGGUUCAUGGACGUGAAUAUUGCGAUGAAGCACCUGAUGCAUCGGAUGUAACAGCCACGUAUGUCUAUGCCGUCCACCAAGGUCUCGCCCAUAGCAUCGGUGGUUUGGCCUCCCAGACCUAUUAUCAGAAUCAGCUCAACGACAUUGUGGGAUACAUUAUUGCCAAAUUGCGUGCAGGCACGGCAUUGGAACGUGUGGAGGAUUUGCCUAUUCAGCAAUACAGACGUGUCGCUCUCGUAUGUCUUGAUUUGAUCGUUUCCACAAGCAAGGAAUCGGCCGCAGAGGAUGAGUACAACAAUGCCGGCAACGAGAUUUCAUUGAGCAGCUGGCUUCCUGCCAUUGGUCUAUUGACCGACAGAAUACCCGAUACUCGUCUUGAUUUCGCUGCCACACUCACUCGCUAUCUCGAACUCGCCACCAAUGAAGACGAUUUGACACCAGAUCCUUAUCCCAAGCAUUUGCUCACACAGCACGGUGAUGUCAUGUUUGUCAAUGCCGUUCACCAAACCAUUAUCGAUUGGGUUCAAAUGCCAGCUUGCAAUGUGGCGGAUGUGGGUGCCAUGUAUACGUUAUUAUGUGCCUUGACACGUCGUUUUGGCGCUGAUGGAUCGAUCCGCACGGUACCUUUGGUAUUCAAGCUUCAGAGCCUGGUGAAGCAAGGUGCUAUCAAACAAACCUCCCGGCAACGUGCCAUUGCAGCUUCGACGAUUGAAUGGUUUGGCAUGGUAUCACAAAUGCACAAGAUCAGUGCCUUGGCGACCUAUCUUAAACCCCUCAAGGAAGAACGCAUCGCACACAAGGAAUAUUCGCCCAUCUUUAUUCCCGAAGUAGCCCCCAGUGUCGCUCAUAUCAUGGACUUUGAUGACUUGGAUCCUGAAAACACAACCCCUGUGGACAAGUUUAUUGAUCGACAUGCCGUGGUGGAAAUCAUUUCCAAGGAUGGAUCACUUCGUGAUGAGGAUGAUACCCAUGGAUUGGAUUUGGAGAGUAAACUUUAUGCUGAAUGGGGCUCUGAAGCUUUUGUGAGCCAGGAACGCUCUUUCCGCAUUCGAUCGUCUCGUGAUCUUGAAGAACUCAAACCCAAGUUGGUCACUCCUUGGACAGGUGCAGAGUUUGAAACUUCAGAACGUACACAAAAGAAUACCAUCAAUGUGGAAAAUCUCAAAGAGGCACUGGUGUCUCAACAAAAGACGGGUGGAAACAAGGAAAAUGGUGAAAGUGAGGGUGAUUCACUCCAAUCCAUGACCAAGCGUAGCCUUGCAAAGAGACCCAAGGACACCAAGACUGAUAUUGACUCGAUCCUGUCAUCGCUCAGCUUGGGUAUCAAUAUCCCACAACCAAGCACUUCAAGCUCGCUCGUCAAUCCUCCUUACAAAGGCUGA